CUCCGCCCCGCGCCGCGGCGCCUCUCCCCUUUUACGGAGUUCGUCUCUCUCUCUCUCCCUGUACAAGAAGCCACCACACAUCGCCUCCUCAUCCUCUCUCUCUCAUCUGGGGACGCAUCUCCAUCUCCAUCUCCGGAGAGAGACCACCGAAGCGGUUGCGUAGGGCGAGGUCGUGUUGGGUGGUGGGUGUUUUCCCAUGGCGGCGGUGGGCGUGGAAGAGGAUCCGGCGGUCCAGGCCGCGAGGAUUCUGCUCAGCCUCCGGCAUAGGAGGCUGGUGCGACCGCCUGAGUGGGCUCCGUUGGUGCCAAAGAAGUGGCCGAAAGGGCAGCGGAGUGUGAGGGAAAGGCCGCCGGGCGACUGGAAGGAGGCAUGGGCGGCCCUGAAGCUGGGGUACGUAGCCGCCUCCACGGGAUCCGGCGCGUGGUCCAGCGGGGAGGACGGGGAGCGCUCGCCGUCGCCGCCGCGCGCGAUGGAGAGACCGAGGGUGAGGCCCACCUCCGGUGACGCGCUGAUGACGACGCCGGCGCGGCGGCAGGAGACGCCGCUCCACUACGGCGCACCGGCAAGAUCCGGUCAGUCGACGAGCGCUGCCGACCGCGCGGCGCGGCCGCGCGACGCGGGCGAGAAGGUGGCGGCGCAGCAGGCGGCGAAGGUGUCCGCCGCCGCGCCGAUUAAGGAGCCCAUGACGGCGUCGAGCCCCGAGACCCCUCUGGACUUCGGCGUCACGGCCGCCGGAUCCAACGCGUCCUCGAGCGGGGACGAUGCGGCACGGCCGCCGCCGAAGCGGAGGGCCCCUGGGGCCCGCGGAUCUGGAGGCACGUCGAACGGCGACGAGGGUUGCAGCUCGCCGGCGAAGCGGACGCGGGUGGCCGGCGCCGGCGCCGGCGGCAAGGCUGCUGCUGCGGUAGAGGAAAGGGCCAUCUCGGUGGAGCCAAAUGUGCAGAGCGAACCAUCCACAAACGGCCACGAGUGCGUAAAGUUCCAGUUCGACCUCAACAUUCCGUGGACGGAUGACUGCCCCGACAUCUGUUGAACAAGGCGAGAUGCUUUGCUGACGAAGAGUUCGUGCUCAGGGAAAUAAACCCUACUCUGUACAUAGAGGGCAAGCCAGUAGAGGAGUUGCUAAGGAGAGCAGCUAGCCUUCCUAGAAGAUGAUGAUGAGACUUAGGAGCCCCGACAUCUGUUGAACAAGGCGAGGUGCUUUGCUGACGAAGAGUUCGUGCUCAGGGAAAUAAACCCUACUCUGUACAUAGAGGGCAAGCCAGUAGAGGAAUUGCUAAGGAGAGCAGCUAGCCUUCCUAGAAGAUGAUGAUGAGACUUAGGAGGAGGUAUCAUUGGAUUUGUCAGGUUAAUUUAGUCAUCUUUGUUCAUUAUAUUAUUGCACUUCCCUUGUGCGCCGAGCAUUAGGCUCUCGCUCGAUGCCCUCUUCUGAUGUUCUGCUGCUUCUGUCCAUCAGAUGUGUUGAAUCUGAAUUCUUCUCAUGCGGAACUGAUACGGUGCAGGAACAAUAAUACAUACCUUAGUUCUUCUGUUUCA